UGAAAGUUAUCCAUCAAUUGAAAACUACGUCUGUGGUGCAAGUGGUUAUUUAGGUUAUUUAAAUACCAUGUUUUCAAUUGUUUCUAACUUAUUAUAAUAAAGAUUAUUUCAUAAAUAAUUAAUUUAACAUUUAAAGUAAUUAAAAAAAUUGAAUAGCAUUAUGUUCUUCUUGGAUUGAAUUUAUCUGACUCCGAAAAUAAGAGGAAUUAAUUUUUAAUCUUGUAAACAUCGUAAACAUAAAGCACGAAAUUUAUUAAACAACAAAUCUAAUGUAAUAGUAUAAGUUUCACAUUUAGGAUAAAAAUGUCAUUGUCUCCACAAGAUUUGGUACAGUUGUUAGAUAUUGUGAAUGAGGAAAAUGUCAACAUUAGCUUUGAAAGUCUUUCAAAUCAAUUGCAUCAAAAAUUUGCCAAGGAAAAUCAUUUUAAGAUUGGAAUGACUCUUUUGUUAUUAUUGCAACACAAUGAUCUCCUUGCGAACCAAAUUCAACGGGUGAUUGCCGUUGGGAUUUUGUACGAUCUUUAUCGAGGUGAAUCAAUUGCCUGCACACCUUUCGCAUCGGUGUUCGUGCAAAUCUUGAAGGCACCCGAGGAAUCGACGGUUGGUGGAAAAAUCAGUAAUCCUAGUCACGUUCCAGCAUUGUCGCAAUGCGAGAAAAAUUUACUUGCAGGAUUAUUGGGUCCGAAGAGCAAUGAAAUAAUGAAAAAAUCCCCAAGACAAGUGAUUGAUGAACUCUACUUUGUACCUUCGUCCCAACCAGAUUUAACAAGUUUGCAAUUGCAAAUAGUGGAGCGUCAAUCGGAACUUCCGGCAGUGACAAAAUGUGGCAAUCCAGUGAUUCUGCCAGAAACUGAACGACUCAAUCCGAAGGAUAAGGACAAAACUGCGAGUAAGAAGGUAAUUGAAGAGCUGGUCACUGGGAGUCCGCCCCUUUUUGAGCAGAGUUACCGCCCGGAAUUCCUCCGCCUCGCGCCGCCACUCUUCCAGACACUGGGCGAUCCGGUUUGGAUGAAUUUCACGGAGCCGACCCAAUUCACCGUCGAGUACGACACCAGCAUGUGUGUCUCGAAUUGUGCCGGCGCGAGGCGACUGAUGGGCAAAGCCUUCAAAAGUGUAUUGACCCUUCAGCAGCAACAGUACCUCGUCACGGUCCUCGACAAGGAUCCCAAACUCGUCUACCACAUUGGACUGACACCAAGUAAGCUCCCCGAUCUAGUGGAAAACAAUCCCUUGAUUGCCAUUGAAGUUCUGCUGAAAUUAAUGCAGUCAAGUCAAAUCACCGAAUACUUUAGUGUUCUUGUCAAUAUGGAAAUGUCACUGCAUUCAAUGGAAGUUGUCAACCGAUUGACGACAACAGUUGAUUUACCAACGGAAUUCGUUCAUCUCUACAUCAGCAAUUGCAUAUCGACUUGUGAAACAAUCAAGGAUCGCUACAUGCAGAAUCGUCUCGUUCGUUUGGUUUGCGUCUUUCUGCAGUCCCUCAUUAGGAAUAAAAUUAUUAACGUACAGGAAUUGUUUAUAGAAGUGCAAGCGUUUUGCAUAGAGUUUAGUCGAAUUAGAGAAGCAGCUGCAUUGUUUCGAUUAUUAAAACAAUUAGAGUCUGGUGAUGUUGGUGGUUUAAAUACUCCAGUGAUAAAGAGCAAAAUAAACUUGAGUUGAGAUAAAUCAAUGUUUUCCCAAAGAAAUUUCUAAAAAUUAUGUACCAAGAAACUACGUAAACUACGUAGUAGUUUUUUUCACUCAUUUCCACUCAUUCAUAGAUUACAAAUUUUUCAAAAUAUUCUUGUUAAUGAAUUGUAAAAUAAAUUUGUCGAGAUAGUUAUGAAAAUUCAAUUUUGCAUUGUGAAUAAAUUUAUAUAUCUAAUA